AUGUCAUUCCAGCAAGGCCAGCAAUCUCAACAACCCCCACCGCAACCAGGAUUCUAUCCGCCCUAUCCUCCUCCUCCCCAGCAAAGUGCAUUCCCUCCACCACAACAGCAGAGCUACAACUAUCCUCCCCCCCCAGGGGCACAAGGAGCUCCUCAGUUCGCGCCACCCCCAACAGGUGGCCAUGGCUCUCCACCACCACAUGCGAACUCACCUCCUCCGAUUACACAAACACCCCCUCAAAUGCCACAACCUACACCUCCGCCAAAGAUAGAACAGAUGUCUGGUGGUGCGCCACCAGCUGGCCAGUUUGUAGGAGCCCAAUCCACAGCUGCAGAUGAUGUUGGCACGUUCAAUGGAGGCAGCUAUCGCAUCAGUCAUCGUGAUUCCAAUUCGAUUUUGACUCUUCAGCUUGCAAUGGGAUGUCCAUUGACUGCCAAGCCCGGCGCUAUGAUUGCCAUGUCACCCACAAUGACCCUCAAAGGCUCAGUAAAAUUCUCUGUCAAGAAAAUGCUAGCUGGUGGCGAGAUGUCGUCCUCAACAUACACUGGCCCGGGUGAACUCCUCCUGGCACCUUCUGCACUGGGUGACAUUUCCCUUCUCCGUCUCAACGGGCAGGAGCAAUGGUUUGUUGGUAAAGACGCCUUUUUGGCUUGCACACAAGGCAUCGUCAAAGACUAUAAGCGCCAGGGACUUGGCAAGGCUUUUUUUUCCGGCGAAGGCCUGUUUAUCUAUACGGUCAGCGGUACCGGUAUCCUUUUCAUCCAAAGCUUUGGCGCGAUUAUCAAGAAAGAUCUUGUCGCUGGCGAGAAAUAUAUCGUUGAUAACGGCCAUCUUGUCGCAUGGACCUGCAACUACGUGAUGGAGCGUGUUGCCUCCGGAGGAAUCAUGUCCGGUUUAGCCUCGGGCGAAGGGUUGGUGUGCAAGUUCACCGGACCGGGAACUAUUUACAUGCAGACGAGAAAUGCGCAAGCAUUUGCGCAUUGGGUUUUGGCUAAUGGAGGUGUGAGCGGGGCUUAA